UGGCAUUGGUGUCCAGACUCAUUCCAUUAAUCAUUGUAAAUCAAUGACUGACAUAUCAAAUCCAAGAUUACUUACCAAAUAGGUUAAACCGCCCUCCCCCCUAAAAACAAGGGCAUAUACCCAAACCGUACAAGGUCACUUCCCACUUUUUCUGACACUUGCCUGGCGGUUUUCCCCAAAACAAAAGACACAACCUGUCUUUCCAAUAAUACACAAUUUCCGAUCACCGGAAAAAGAAAACGGUGGCGAGAAAAUCCGAGACCCAACAGCAGAAAUGAGAAGAGGAGGAGGAGGUUCUUCUGGGAAUUACAGAAACCCAUGUCUGACUAUGCACCAGCCAUGGGCUUCUCUGCUCGUAUAUGGUAUCAAACGCAUCGAGGGCAGGUCAUGGCCUGCUCCCAUUAGAGGACGUCUUUGGAUUCAUGCUGCUGGCAAGGUUCCAGAGGAGGCUACAAUCAAAGCAAUGGAGGAUUUCUAUCGGGAAAUUUAUGCGGUGGAUGGAGUCACUGAUAUCAAAUUUCCCCAACACUAUCCAGUUUCAAGACUGCUAGGGUGUGUUGAAGUAGUUGGAUGUGUUAGACGCGAAGAGUUAGCUGGUUGGGAGAUGGUUCCUGAAGGGGUGAGGUUGGAAGCACAAACCGAUAUGUGUUGGCUUUGCGAGCAGCCACAGAAACUGUUAAUUCCGUUUGAGAUGCGUGGCUACCAAGGUGUCUAUAACUUGGAAAAGAAGAUAUAUGAAGCUGCUAUUAGAGGUCUCACCCCGGUUGAAGUUCCUCUCCCAGUUAAAUUUCCACUUCCAAAUCCAGAAGAUCCAUUUUCCUUGAAGCCGGGGUCUAUAUCUGCAAACGUUGAUCAAUCUAGAACAUCUGAAGCGGGAAGAUCUUCGAGUCUCAAUGCAGCUAUAGCUGGUGCACGAGCAGCUGCUACACAGUUCUCCAAAAAACCUCAAACUUUCCCAACUACCUCCCUAAAUGAUGCAGCCAAAUCUGUGACAGUUCCAAUCAAGAGUGAAUCUUUUGAAGGAGGUAGAGCAAUGACCGGUAAUUUCAGUGAGAGCUCCAAUAAAGAGUCUAUGACAUCAAAUAACAAAGAUCAAAUCAGCAGCCAUAAUCAACCUUCUUCUGGAGCUAUUAGACCUCAUCCUGGUGCACCUUCUAAGAUAUAUGAAGCGGCUAUUAGAGGUCUUACCCCUGUUGAAGUUCCCCUUAAAGUCAAAUUUCCAGUUCCAAAUCCAGAAGAUCCAUUUUCCUUGAAGCCAGGAUUUAUAUCUGCUAAUGUCGAUCAAUCUAGAACAUCUGAAGUGGUAAGAUCUUCUAGUCUCAAUACAGCCAUAGCUGGUGCACAAGCAGCUGAUACACAGUUCUCCAAAAAAGCUCAAACUUUCCCAACUACCUCCCUAAAUAAUGCCGCGGAAUCUGUGACAGUUCCAAUCAGGAGUGAGUCUUCUGAAGUGGGUAAAGUGACGUCCGCUAAUUUUAUUGAGAGUUCUAAUAAGCGGUCUAUGACAUCAAAUAACAAAGAUCAAAUCAGCAGAGGUGAUCAACCUUCUUCUGGAGCUUUUAGACCUCAUCCUGGUGCACCUUCUAAGUAUGUUUAUGAACGGAGGAGGCGACGAGAUGCCCAGUUUUGACUCUCUGAGAAGUCCUAUAGAAGGCUAUCUAGCCUAAGCUUUUUCCUCUGUAGCAGUACAAAUGAGUGUCCUUUGAGUUUCUACUUGUAUUUUGAUUCCAACUAUAGCCUAGUCUGCCUUGCUAGCUUAUUGUCAAUUUAACACAAUUUCAGUUACUUGUAGUGCAAAGUGGUGUCCUGUUCUAUUA